AUGGCCACUUCGACUUGGGAUCCUUCCCUUGUAAGAUUCAGAAUUGGAGACUUAGCUGUUGCUAGUGAUAUCGAAAAAGCCUUUCUCCAAGUGAGACUUCAGUUGAAAGACAGAGAUGCAACUCGUUUUCUGUGGAUGAAAGACGUGAAUCAACCAGUGAUCCGAGAUAACCUCAUCACAUACCCCUUCAAUCGUGUCACUUUCGGAUUAAUAUGCUCGCCAUUUCUCCUUGCCAGAACGAUCAAAUACCAUCUUAAACAUAAUUCGAAAAAUCCUGGAAUUUCUCACGAAAUACUGAACAAUACAUACAGUAGCGUUCAAAAGUCUUCGGUGAAAUGCAUUGACGCUUUUUCAUUCAUAACUUUUUUCUUAGUGAACCAAAUCGCGAGAAAUUUGGAUAUGUUUUACUAG